AUGAUCAGCAGGCGUGCCAGCCGGCACCUAGGAGGCUUUGCUGCGGCCAUACUAGCAUGGAUCCUUUGUAGCGUCUCUAUGAGCCUUCCUCAAUGGCGAGUGUGGUUCUUCCAAGAUCCAAUGGAUAACAAGCCCAGCAUGACUUUAGUGGGUAUGUGGAGAACCUGUGUGUACCACGAGGAAAAGAAUUCCAAUAUUUUAAGAGCAUGUUUCCAAUAUACCUAUCAGGAUACCUUCAUCCCUUUGGAUAUUCGUGUGGCUCAACACCUGCUACUGAUCUCCAGCUUUCUCGGCAUGAUUUCGACAGUCUCUGUCGUUGUUGUUCUUUGGAAAUUGUACUCAGCGGGAAUCCCGAAGAAAGCCACCUACAAUCCAUUCUUCUUUCCAGGGAUUCUGAACAUCAUUGCUAGCAGCUUUGUCUUCAUUUCUGUCCUGUAUAAUUAUUUAUCCAUCAUUCGCAAGGAUGGGAUUGUCUUUCCUCCUUCUUUCCAUACACCCUCUUUCCCAGAUACCCAGAAAGUCGGCACUGCACUGGAAAUGGCAACUCUUUCUUCUAUAUUAUUUUUAGUGGGUGGCACAAUCUCCCUUUCUUUCACUCUCCCCCCACAUUCCCGAAUGUGUUCUGCUAUUUAA